CCAUUCCCGGGGCCAAUCAGAGCGCCCGCUCGGCCCCCUGACGUCAGUCUCCUCUCCCCUCGUCCAAUCAGGCUCGUUGAUAAUACUGUACGAGUCGCCACACGGCAGCUUCUCACUCAGGUAGACGGACCCACAGCUGCACCAAGUGUUAACUCCUCCCAGCCCACCCCCACCAGCCAAUCAGAAUGGAGGUGAACAGUACGGCCACCAUCUUGUCCUCUGCCUUCCUGGCCGUGGAAUAUGUUGAUGCAGUUUUACCUGACAACCCUCUUCAGCCUUCACUACAAUACGCCUGGAGGUAUGUGAAUGAAAACUACACUAAAUUCCAGAUCGCCACCUGGGGUUCUCUCAUCGUCCAUGAGGCCAUCUACUUCCUGUUUUGUCUACCUGGUUUCCUGUUUCAGUUCCUUCCCUUCAUGCAGAAGUACAAGAUCCAACAGGACAAGCCAGAGACGUGGGAGAAACAGUGGAGGUGUUUCAAGAUGCUGCUGUUCAACCACUUCUGUAUCCAGCUGCCCAUGAUCUGUGGAACGUACCACUUCACUGAGUUCUUCAGCAUCCCCUACGACUGGGACAGCAUGCCACGAUGGCCCUACCUGUUAGCUCAGUGUCUAGGCUGUGCUGUGAUAGAGGACACCUGGCACUAUUUCCUCCAUCGCCUGCUACAUCACCGCAGUAUCUACAAGCACAUCCACAAAGUGCACCACGAGUUCACUGCUCCAUUUGGCAUGCAGGCAGAGUACGCCCACCCAGCUGAGACAGUGAUCCUUGGGUCUGGGUUCUUCAUCGGCAUCAUGGUGUUCUGUAACCACGUGACGUUGCUAUGGGCCUGGGUCGCCUUCCGCCUGCUGGAGACCAUCGACGUACACAGUGGGUAUGACAUCCCUCUCAACCCUCUCCACCUGAUCCCGUUCUAUGCCGGAGCUCGUUUCCAUGACUUCCACCAUAUGAACUUCGUAGGGAACUACGCCUCCACCUUUACCUGGUGGGACAAGAUACUGCACACUGACUCCCAAUACAACAGACACAUAAUGAGCAAGAAAAACCAGUAAACAGACCCUCACACAGACACACGGACGCAGACACACGGACACGGACGGACGCAGACCCUCACACAGACACACGGACGCAGACACACGGACACGGACGGACG